CGCGUGCCGCGGGCGAGAGCAGCAGAGCGAGGCGCGGUGCUGCCGGCAUGCUGCCCGCGCUGCUGCCGCUGCUGCUGCCCGCUCUGCUGCCCGGAGCGGGGGGCGGCCGCUGCCCGCAGCGCUGUGCUUGCACCCAGUCCGCCCUGCGCUGCCCGACGCCGCCGCCGGGGGCGCGCCCCGCGCCCGCCCGUGCGUCGUUCACUCACCUUCCUGUGAAAGUGAUCCCAUCACACGCAUUCGAAGGACUUCGAGAUGCCUUCAUCAUUGAAAUCUCUCAGAGUGACUCCCUAGAGAGAAUAGAAGCAAGUGCAUUCGACAGCCUUCCCGCUUUGUCCGAAAUAUUAAUCCUGAACACAAAAAAUCUUUUGCACAUUGAGGACGGAGCAUUCAGAAACCUUCCAAGGCUAAGAUAUCUGAGCAUCUGUAACACCGGAAUAAUAGAAUUCCCAGACUUGACUCAGAUCUUCUCCUCAGAAGCUCAUUUUAUUUUGGAGCUGUGUGACAACCUGCGCAUGACAACCAUACCACAAAACGCCUUCCAGGGGAUGAGCAAUGAAUCGCUGACGCUCAAACUCUAUAAAAAUGGAUUUGAAGAUAUCCACAGCCAUGCCUUCAAUGGGACCAAGCUAAAUCAAUUGAUUCUGAAGGACAACAAAAACCUGAGGCGGAUACACAAUGAUGCCCUGAGAGGGGCCAUCGGGCCAGAUGUCCUGGACAUUUCUUCGACGGCACUGGAGUCCCUGCCUAGCUAUGGGCUGGAGGCCAUCCAGGUCCUCAACGCAGUGUCAUCAUACUCAUUGAAGAGACUGCCACCUCUGGAUAAAUUCAGCAGUCUGCUGGAAGCCGUUCUGACCUACCCCAGCCACUGCUGUGCUUUUCAAAACCUGAGGACAGAAAAGCAAAAUUCCUUGCUUUCCAUUUUUGACAACUUCUCCAAACAGUGUGAAAGCACAGUGAGGAAAACAACUAGUGAAAUAUAUUACAGAGAUGCUUCUUUCAACACAUCGCUGUGGCCAGCAGAAAAGCACACGUACCCACUUGAAACAGGUGAAGAAGCCUUUCCUUACAGCUACUCAACUGUUUUUUAUGAGGAUGAAAUGACUGGCUUUGACUUUGAGUAUGACUUCUGUCAGCCCAAGAUACUGACGUGUACUCCAGAACCAGAUGCUUUUAACCCCUGUGAAGACAUCCUAGGAUACAGCUUUCUCAGGGUCCUGAUCUGGUUCAUAAACAUCCUCGCCAUCGCUGGCAACUUCACUGUGCUCCUCGUCCUCAUAACCAGCCACUACAAGCUCACGGUUCCUCGCUUCCUCAUGUGCAACCUCUCCUUUGCUGAUUUUUGCAUGGGGCUUUACUUGCUGCUCAUUGCUUCAGUGGACGCUCAGACAAGCGGGCAGUACUACAACCACGCCAUAGACUGGCAAACAGGCAGCGGCUGCAGCACUGCUGGCUUUUUCACUGUGUUUGCAAGUGAGCUCUCUGUGUACACGCUAACAGUGAUCACCAUAGAAAGGUGGCAUACCAUCACCUACGCCAUGCAGCUGGACCGAAAGCUACGGCUGCGGCACGCCGUGCCCAUCAUGCUUGGUGGCUGGGUGUUCUCCAUCCUGAUAGCAGUGCUGCCGCUGCUGGGGGUCAGCAGCUACAUGAAGGUCAGCAUCUGCUUGCCCAUGGACAUUGAAACAGGGCUUUCCCAAGCCUACAUAUUGCUGAUCUUAGUGCUCAACGUUGUAGCCUUCAUUGUCAUUUGUGCUUGUUACAUCAAGAUAUACAUCGCUGUGCAGAACCCUGAGCUGAUAGCUGCCAAUAAGGAUACCAAGAUUGCCAAGAGAAUGGCCGUACUGAUCUUCACCGAUUUUACCUGCAUGGCCCCCAUCUCCUUCUUUGCCAUAUCUGCUGCCUUUAAGGUGCCUCUCAUCACAGUGACAAACUCCAAGAUUCUGCUGGUUUUAUUUUACCCAGUCAAUUCCUGCGCAAACCCAUUUCUGUAUGCAAUUUUCACUAAAGCAUUCCAAAGAGAUUUCUUCCUGCUGAUGAGCAAGCUAGGUUGCUGUAAGAGCCGAGCAGAGCUCUGUCGAAUGAACUACUUCUCCGCUUACACCUCCAACUGCAAAAAUGGCAGCUCAGCCCCAGGCCCCAGUAAAGCCUCACAGGCAUUGCUGCUUUUGUCAGCAUCAGAGAAGCUGUGCAAAACAAGAUGCUCUACAAAGAAAAGCCAGCCAGACUGCCAGUAGGUGCUGUGCUCUAUGGUGCCAGCUGCACCAAGCAGGGAUUGUUUCAUAUCUUGAAUAUAUCAUAGUAAAUAAAGUUAUGAGUCAAUACUU